AUGUCUGAGAGUGGAGAGGCGUCUGGCUUGAGCCAAGAAAAGGUAAAAUCUAAGAUCUGUGAAACAAAUGUCGAUGAGCAAGAACUUGAAUGCGGGAGUGAGACGGCGAAGCAAGGAGUCCUUUACAAUGAUAGGACAAGGCUUAAACAAGGACUAAAAGAGCGCCAUAUUAAGAUGUUGACGCUUGUCGGUGUUUUUGGCACAGGUCUGUUCUUGUCCUCCGGUGGUACGUUGAAGAAAAUCGGGCCUGUUGGCCUGUUAAUUGCGUAUUUAUUUGUUGGUAUUGUUGUCGGUUGUAAUCAAAUUGCUAUUGCCGAAGUAGCUUCUUUCAUGCCUGCUACUGGAGCAACCAUCAGACAUGCCGAGCAGUUUAUAGACGAGUCGGUAGGUUUCACAUUUGGUUGGAUAUCUACAUAUUCCUCACUAAUGCCUGGCGAAUUAUCAGCCACGGCGGUUAUCAUGAAAUAUUGGACGGAUGUGAGCCCUGCAGUAUUUAUAACUGUAUUUGGAGUUCUUUUCGUGGCGACAAAUAUUUACACAAUUCGAUUCUACGGUGAAAUCGAGUACGUAUUUGGAUGGUUAAAGCUCGUGCUGAUCUUUAUAUUGAUAAUAUCAGGGUUGGUUAUUGACCUAGGUGGUGUCAAAGGCCAAGAAAGACUGGGAUUCCACUACUGGAGAGAUCCCGGUCCAUUUGCAAAUUACUUGGUGGCUGGCCAUAUAGGAAAAUUUGUAGGAUUCUGGGCAGCUAUUUCUUCUGUGGUUUACUCUUACUCCGGUAUUCAGAAUAUCGCCAUUCUUGCCGGUGAAACCAAAAACAGCAGAUAUGCAAUUUUCCACGGUGCCAAAAACGUCUUUUUACGUAUUAUUGUCUUAUACUUGGUUACAGUCUUCGUGCUAACAUUGAUUGUACCAUACAACGAUAAGUUGAUUGCUACUGGAACGGGCACUGCAAAGUCCAGUCCAUUUGUUAUUGCAAUGAACAGAGCCGGGAUCAAAGUUUUACCCCAUAUUGUUAAUGCAUUGAUCUUAACUUCGGCAUGGUCAGCAGGGAACUUGGCUAUUAUCGAAGGUUCCAGAAAUUUGUUCUGCUUAGCCACGAAAAAUCAGGCCCCUCAGAUUUUCUUGAAGACGAGUAAGAGAGGCAUUCCAUAUGUUGGUGUCAUAUUUAUCUCCAGUUUCUUGCCAUUGGCGUACAUGUCGUGCUCAGAGUCAUCGGCCACUGUCUUUGGGUGGUUCCAGGAAUUGGUAUCUUCAAACACACUGCUGCGCUGGAUUUUAAUUUCGGCGAAUCACAUCCACAUGGACAGGGCCUUGAAGGCUCAGGGGUACAGCAGGUCAGAUCUACCAUGUUCUACACGUAUAGCCCCUUUUGCUGCCUGGUUCUCCGGUAUCAUGUCCGUCAUUUUCCUCUUUACCGGUGGCUUUUACAACUUCAUGCACGGCCACUUUGAUAUCGAGUCAUUUUUACUAGAUACUUUAUCAUUCCAUUAG